CCGUAUGACUUUAAGAUACAGUAUAAACCAGGUGAUCAAAACCCGGCUGAUUAUCUUUCCCGACAUCCAGUUUCCAACUGCGAGUAUACCGAUGAUGACAGCGAUACUGCAGAAUAUAUCAAGUUUGUAACACUACAUGCAGUACCAAAGGCAAUGACAAUUGCUGAAAUACAGGAGGCGACCGAUCAUGAUAAAACACUCCAAGCAGUCAGGGCAGCGAUUAAGCUAAAUAGUUGGACUGCAGAAAUAGUUCGAAAUUACAGAUCUAUCAAAGACGAGUUGACUAUUGGACACAACAAUGUUAUACUUCGUGGAACCAGGAUUGUUAUUCCCGAAAAAUUAUACCAGCGAUCGAUUGACAUCGCACACGAAUCUCACCAAGGGUUAGCAAAAACAAAAAGUUUAUACACGCAUGUACGGCAUGUCAAGCAACAGGAAAAUGAGUAGCGCCUGAACCUUUGCGAAUGUCCAGCAUGCCUGACGGUCCAUGGCAACGUCUUCAUAUUGACUUUUGUGGUCCACUGCCUACGGGUGAGUACCUACUUGUCGUUAUUGACCGAUAUUCCAGAUACCCAGAAGUUGAAAUUGUUAAGUCUACAAACAUACAAUCUGUUAUUCCUAAGUUGGAUAGAAUUUUUGCUACACAUGGUAUCCCCUUACAAGUUAUUACCGACAAUGGCCCUCCAUUUAAUGGCAGUGAUUUUUCUAAAUAUAUGCAGUUACUUGGUAUAAAAUUUACACCAUGUACACCAAAAUGGCCACAGGGCAAUGCUGAAGUAGAACGCUUCAAUCAACCAUUGAUGAAAGCUAUCCAGGCCGCAACCAUUGAAGAUCGCAAAUGGCAACAGGAAAUACAACGGUUUCUACUACAAUACCACUCUACACCACACUCAACAACGGAAGUUUCACCCGCUGAACUGUUAUUUAACCGUCCAAUUCAGGGUAAAUUACCUAUGUUACCCAACAAUAUUGUAGACAAACACGUAGGGGCUCAGAACAAUGAAGAAAGGAAAAAGGUAUACAACCAACAUUAUGCUAACGCAAGGAGAGGAGUGAAGACAAAUAUUUUGAAAGAAGGAGAUGUGGUGCUAGUAAAGCAAGAUAAAAGAAACAAAUUAACGCCACGUUUUAACCCAAAACUAUAUACAGUAAUUGAGAGGAAAUC